GCAGUUCAUACUAACGGGAGAGGGAGCACAGAGAGCUAGUCAUGGCGGCGUUGGCGACCGGGCUGGGAGUGGCGCAGCUCGUCGUAUGGGUCGGCAAGAUCAUCUUGAAGAUCACGCAGGAGGCGGACAAGGUGCGCCGUAAGAAGCAGGACUGCGCCUACCUCGUGCGUUACUUGUCCGUGAUCCACAAGAUGCUGCCUACGCUACCGGAGGACCCGGAGGUGGAGCUUCCGCUCGCCCAGCUCUACUCCACGCUACAGGAGGCGGACAAACUUGUCGUGGCCUGCAUAGAUCGGCUCUCCUUUCUUCGCUGCCGCUCCGACGCAUUCAGGGAUGUCAACGCCAAGAUCACCUCCGACCUCAGCCUCUUCCCCUUGGCCUUCCAUACCGCCGUCACCCGCCGCCGCGUCGAGGAAAGCAUCCUUCCUGACAGACAAGACAGCGGGGCACUGACGGAGGGCUCCUCCAGCUCUGGCUCCACCUCCACGCAUGCGCAUGCGAGCUUGGUCUCCGAUUACCACCCCAGGCCCAGCAGGCUCACGUGGGCGGAGGUUGAAGAAGCGACCGAGAACCUGGCUUAUCUGCUAGGCGAAGGUUUCUCGGGGAAGGUGUACCAGGGCCGUCUGCACCGCGGCGGCAGGGUGCGGGAGGUGGCCGUGAAGGUGCUGAACGAGCACGGGCGCCAGGGCAUGGAGGACGCGUUCGUGGCGGAGCUCGAGACCCUCUACCCUCUCCGCCACAACCACAUAGCGCGUCUCGUCGCCUGGUGCUCCGAGUGGGAGCGUCCCAUAUUCGUCUACGACCACAUGGGUAACGGCACUCUCAGAGACCAGCUGUCGGGCUUGCUCGAGGGCUCUAGCUCGUCGCCGGUGGCGUCGUCCUGGAAGGCCCGUCUCGAGGCGCUGCUGGGCGUGUCCCGUGCGCUCCUGCACCUGCACCGCUUCGCGGAACGUCCGGUGAUCCACCGCAACGUCACUUCCUCCAACAUCCUCCUGGACGCGAGCUGGAAGUCGCACCUGUCCGACUUCGGCGUAGCGGUACUGCGAGCGGCGGGCGACCAGGGCCAGCCCGUGGAGGAGGUCGUCGGCACAUUCGGGUACAUCGAUCCGGAGUACUCCCGCACGAGGCGCGUGAGCCCGGCGAGCGACGUGUACAGCUUCGGCGUGGUCAUGCUGGAGGUGCUCACGGGGAGGCCGCCCGUCAGUCCGGGUUUGGUGACCCUGGUGAGCUCCACGCUCCCGGUUAUACACAACGGCGACCUGCGGAAUGUGCUUGACGGCCGGCCGGCUCUGGGGACGACGCCGCGACAGCUGAAGGCGCUGCAGGACGUGGCGAACACGGCGUUGCUCUGCCUGUGGCCGCAGAGGGAAGACCGCCCACCCAUGUCCGAAGUCGUGGACAACCUCGAGCAGGCGCUCGUGAUCAUACGCAACGACGAGAGAGCGAUGCAUGACGACGACUCACCAAAAUCAUAAUGUGCCGCUCCUUCCUUCAUUUUUCCGUUUGAUUUUCCGUAAAUUUCGGUCUUUCCUAGUUAACUGCAUGCCGCGUUUGUGUAAGAAAAAAAAUUACCGCAUGCUUCGUUACUAUGGUCUAGGUUUUGUUGUUCGUAUGUAAACCUGAACCGUACGUGCUGCUGCCAAGUUGUAAACUGUUGUGGGAGACUUAUAUUUGUGCGAUGUUUGGUAACUACGUACGCCUAUAUCAUAG